UCAUUGACAAACAGAAACAAAAAAAAUGGUGAAACUAUCGAUUAUUUUCAUGUUCUUUUGCUUAGCAAAUGCCAUUGCAACUCCCACGGCCCGAAUUGUUGACAAGCGGCCCGAAUCAGUACAAGCAUGGUUUAAAAACCUUCCAAAUGCCAAGGAAAAAUUUACCAAACUCCACUUCUAUUUCCACGACACCGUUGCCGGCAAAAAUCCAACGGCAGUCACGGUGGCCGGGGCCAACGUCGCUCACAGAUAUCUCACGGGUUUCGGUUUGAUAAGAAUGAUGGAUAAUCCACUGACCGUAGGGCCCGAGCCCCACUCCAAGAUCAUUGGCCGGGCCCGGGGCAUAUAUGGUGUGGCCUCGAUCGAGGACCUUGACCUACUCAUGACCCUCAAUUACGUGUUCACGGAAGGCAAAUAUAGUGGCAGCACACUCAGCGUGCUCGCCCAUAACCCGAUUCUAGACAAGUACCGGGAGAUGCCUAUCAUCGGAGGUACGGGUGUUUUCCGGCUAGCGCGGGGGAUCGCCACUGCACAAACGACUUGGUUUAAUAUGACUUCCCAAGAUGCUGUUGUUGAGUACAAUGUCAUGGUGUUGUAUUAUGAAAAUUAAUUAUGUUCGUGAUAUGUUUCUUUUCAUGUUUCAUUAUUAAUUUUUAAUUCGAUUCGAUUUGAUGUAUUGCGAUUGAUGCCUGAGUCUUUGUUUUUCUAGGCAUUGGAUUACUUAUCUAUAUAUUAUAUAAAA